AUGCGUAUCGAAGAAUUAAUUAUCGAAGGAUUCAAGUCUUAUGCUGUUCGUACCCAUAUUACUGGCUGGGAUCCCGAGUUUAAUGCCAUAACCGGUCUUAACGGAACUGGAAAGUCGAAUGUGCUAGAUGCUAUCUGUUUCGUUUUGGGAAUGACCAAGCUCGGUCAGCUCAGAGCAAACAAUAUGCAAGACUUAAUUUAUAAACGCGGUCAAGCUGGGAUAACGAAGGCUUCAGUAACAAUAAUAUUCAAUAAUGAAGACCAUAGCAAAAGCCCGGUUGGAUUUGAACAAUUCAAACAGAUAACCGUCACUCGACAAGUGAUUAUGAGUGGUCAAAGCAAAUAUCUUGUCAAUGGUCAUAAAGCUCAACAAAAAGACGUUACGACUCUAUUCCAGUCUGUCCAACUUAGCAUCGACAACCCUCACUUUCUCAUUAUGCAAGGGAAAAUCACAAAGGUACUUAAUAUGAAACCACCCGAGAUUCUUGCCAUGAUUGAAGAGGCAGCAGGAACUAGAAUGUUUGAAGAUCGAAAGGAAAAGGCCUUGAAGACAAUAGCAAAGAAAGAGAAAAAAAAAAUUGAGCCAAAAUUAGAGAAACUUCGAACAGAAAAGAGGUCUUACCUAGAAUUUCAGAAAAUAUCAACUGAAAUGGAACGAUUGACUCAUUUGAUUUUUGCAUACGAGUACAAAAAGCAUGAGGAAAAAUUGCGAAAAACAGAUGCAGACUUUGGUACCAAAAAGGAUAGACUGGAAGGAUUACGCGCGUCCAGCAAUCAGUUGAAAGAAUUGGGAAAUGGCAAAUAUAAUGCAUUGGGAGAACGCGUCAAGGAACUUUCUAACGAAGUUGUACGCAUUAAUACUAAAUGCGACUUGAAAAAAGCAUCAAUUGAUAAAGAACUGCAGAAUAAACAGUCACUGAUAUCCAACAGGAAUGAGAUGACACAAGGAUUCGCAAAGAAGAAAUCUGAAUACGAAAAACUACAGAAUAAAUUUGAACAAAUAAAAAAGUCACACGAUGCUAAACAAGAACAAGUAAGGAAAGAAGAAGAACUACUACAAACUCUAACAACUGAGGCCAAAAGCAUAGCAACUCAAGCAUUAACAGCGACAGAACAAGCAAAAAUACAAGUCACACAUAUUAAAAAGAAAUUGUCGGAGUUGGAACCACUUGCCAAGGCCGCUCAAAGAGACAACAAAGGAUUAACAAAUGAAUUGGAAACGGCUAGGAAGAUUGUCAACGAAUUGAAGGAAUCACUGGACGGAUUGAAUUGGGACCUAUCCAUUGAAGCUGAUUUGCUAAAGAGAAAAUCAGAAAAGCAAGCAAUUAUUCGCCAACUUAGUGAGAAUUUGGAUUCGUUAACAUCGCAGCUGGGCGGGUUGGAAUUUACUUAUACAGAUCCUGCACCCUCUUUUGAUCGUUCAAAGGUCAAAGGGUUAGUUGCUGAGCUCAUAAAACUUGACAAAAACAAGGCGACCUAUUCGACGGCACUUGAGAUAUGCGCGGGUGAUCGAUUGUAUAAUGUGGUCGUUGAGAAUGAAGUUGUUGCAACUCAAUUAUUCGAAAAGGGAAAAUUACGAAGGCGGUUUACCUUGCUACCCUUGAACAGAAUUAGACCCUAUGUAUUGGCAGCAGCAAAAAUCAGUGCAGCCAAAAAGUUAGCACCUGGAAAAGUGGAUCUAGCACUAUUACUUAUUAGUGCUGAUAGAGAAGUAGCUCCUGCUAUGGAACACGCUUUUGGUAGCACUCUUAUAUGUGCUGACGCUGAGACAGCGAAAAAAAUAACCUUCGGUAACGUCAAGGCCAGAUCAGUCACUCUUGAUGGUGAUGUUUACGAUCCUUCAGGCAUACUUCAAGGAGGAUCGAAGCCAACAUCUUCUGGUCUACUGAUAAAAAUGCAGCGGCUGAGAGAGAUUAAGUUUGAGAUUAAUGAACACAAACGGGAGUUGGACAAGAUUAAUGCAGAGCUUCAAGCUGCACAGAAGACCAUUGCAAAAUAUAAUGAACUUAAAAAGAAGUUGGAUUUGAAGAUUCAUGAAGCCGGAUUACUUGAAGAACGUUUGAGAAACAGUAGCAACUCUAAGGUUAUAAAUCAAACACAUGAACUUAGGCAACAACUAAUUGAUCAAGAGAAGCUUAUAGUUGCAUCAAACGAAAAACGAAAAAAUGCUCUUGAUACAUGUAAGAAGAUCGAAGCUGAAAUGGAUGAAUUUCAUAACAAUCGUGAAUCUAAAUUAAAAGAGAUUGAGAAAAGAGUUGCAAAAGGGAAAUCAGAGCUUGCCAGUGAAAACCAACGCGUAAAAAACAUGCAGCAGGAAGUCCAGAUGCUACAAUUGGAAAUGGAACAGACCGAAGAAGAAAUACAAAACGUAGAUAAAGAGAUUCAAACUUCAGAUGAAACAAUACGAAAGUUAACUGAAGAUAAAAACACUUUAAAAGAUGAAUUGUCUGACAUACAAGAGCUACUUAGCAAUUCUCAGAACGAGCUACAAAAGGAAAGCGAGAUGAUAUUUGCCUUUGAUGAGGAGAUAAAGGAACUCCGUGCUGCAAUCGAGGCCAAGAAUGCACAAGUGACUGAUAUACAAUUAGAACUGUCGAGCAUUUUACAUGAAGUGGAACGUUCACAGAAAGAAAAGCGUGAUGCAGAAAGAGCAAUCAAGAAAAUGGAAGAUGAUUUGGAAUGGAUUUCGCAGAAGAAACACUUGUUUGGUGAACCUAAUACUCCAUACGAUUUCACAACCGUCAAUAUGAAUGAGGCUAAACCAACUUUGCGACAAUUGGAAGAUCGUUAUGCCACAAUGAGAAAGAAAGUUAAUGCGAAGGUUAUGAACAUGAUUGAGAGUGUUGAGAAGAAGGAAGCAUCGCUCCAAAACAUGCUUGCACAGGUGAAGAAAGAUAAGAAGAGCAUAGAAGAUACUAUCGUGCAACUUGAUGACUACAAAAAGGAUGCAUUGGAAAGGACUUGGCAGAAAGUCAAUGGAGAGUUUGGGCCUAUAUUCAACGAAUUGUUACCUAAUAGCUUUGCCAAACUACAACCGCUUGAAGGGAAACUCUUAACUGAUGGAUUGGAAGUUAAAGUCUGUCUGGGGGGCGUUCAGAAGAAGAGUUUGACUGAGCUUAGCGGUGGACAGAGAUCGCUCAUUGCACUGUCUCUUAUUUUGUCACUACUCCAAUUUAAGCCUGCUCCAAUGUACAUUCUUGACGAGAUAGAUGCAGCACUUGAUUUAUCUCAUACUCAGAACAUUGGCCAAUUACUAAAAUCACGGUUCAAAGGAUCUCAAUUUAUUGUAGUGUCGCUCAAGGACGGAAUGUUUAAUAAUGCCAAUGUCUUAUUCAGAACAAAGUUCCGUGAUGGAACGUCUUACAUUGGUUAA